CGCGCCAUGGGCCGGGGCGACGAGACCGAGCGCGUGGUAAUCAACGUGGGGGGUGUACGCCACCAGACGUACCGCAGCACCCUUCGCACGCUGCCCGGCACGCGCCUCGCGUGGCUCGCCGAGCCCGACGCGCCCGGCCGCUUCGACUACGACCCCGUGGCCGGAGAGUUCUUCUUCGACCGGCACCCGGGCGUCUUCGCGCACAUCCUCAACUACUACCGCACCGGGAGGCUGCACUGCCCCGCCGACGUGUGCGGGCCGCUCUACGAGGAGGAGCUCGCCUUCUGGGGCAUCGACGAGACGGAUGUGGAGCCCUGCUGCUGGAUGACCUACCGGCAGCACCGUGACGCCGAGGAGGCUCUCGACAGCUUCGGGGGCGGGGCGCCCGAGCCGGGCCACGAGGACGGCGACGCGGAGGGCGGCGCGUGCGGCGGCGAGCCGGCGGACGGCGACGAUGACCUGGAGAUGACCAAGAGGCUGGCCAUGGGGGACCCCGGCGAGGGCAGGGCGGGGGGCGUGUGCAGGCGCUGGCAGCGGCGCGUGUGGGCGCUCUUCGAUGACCCCUACUCGUCCAAAUAUGCAAGGUGGGUGGCUUUUGCCUCAUUGUUCUUCAUCUUGGUAUCCAUCACCACCUUUUGCCUGGAGACGCACGAGGCCUUUAACCCCAUCACUAACCGGACAGAACAGGAGGAGGUGGACAACGUCACACUGCAACAUGUUUACCAGGAGACUGAGACUGUAGUCUACCUCACCUACAUUGAAGGUGUGUGUGUGGUAUGGUUCACCUUCGAGUUUCUGAUGCGCAUCACCUUCUGUCCAGACAAGUCGGAGUUUAUUCGCAACGCUCUUAAUAUCAUUGACUUUGUGGCCAUCCUGCCCUUUUACCUGGAAGUGGGACUCAGUGGCCUGUCUUCCAAAGCAGCCAAGGAUGUGCUGGGUUUCCUGCGGGUGGUUCGUUUUGUGAGGAUCUUGCGGAUUUUCAAGCUCACGCGCCACUUUGUGGGUCUCCGGGUCCUGGGCCACACACUGCGGGCCAGCACCAAUGAAUUCCUGUUGCUCAUCAUCUUCUUGGCACUGGGUGUACUCAUCUUCGCCACCAUGAUCUACUAUGCUGAGCGAAUAGGGGCCCAACCCAAUGACCCAAGAGCCAGUGAGCACACACACUUCAAGAACAUUCCCAUUGGAUUUUGGUGGGCUGUGGUGACUAUGACCACUCUGGGCUAUGGGGACAUGUACCCCCAGACAUGGUCAGGCAUGCUGGUGGGGGCCUUGUGUGCCCUGGCUGGGGUGUUGACCAUUGCCAUGCCCGUUCCUGUCAUUGUCAACAACUUUGGGAUGUACUAUUCCUUGGCAAUGGCUAAGCAAAAACUGCCAAAGAAAAAGAACAAACAUAUUCCCCGGGCACCGCAUCUUGGCUCUCCCAAUUUCUGUAAGUCGGGCAUGAACUCUCCCCAUCACAGCACACAGAGCGACACCUGCCCCCUGGCACAAGAAGAGACUUUAGAAAUGAACAGAGCAGAUCCCAAAGUGAAUGGCGAGGCAGCUAAGGCGGCACUGGCGAAUGAAGACUGUCCUCAUAUAGACCAGGCCGUGUCGCCUGACGACGGCCAGAUCUUUAGCCCAAACGACAGAGGCGAGCAGCCAUGCUUCCUGCUAACCGCUGCUGAGCGGCCCGGUCACGCGGCGGGAAGAGUGAGGAGGGCCCCGCCCUCCCUGGGGCGGCCCCUGGGAGAGGCUCCGCCCACACUCAGCUCCCAGGUGUACCCGCUGCUGCAGCUAAAGUGGGUGCACUGCCAAGAGGACAAUCGCGCCAAGCUAACACACUGAGGCCCCUCACACAGCACACUGACACC